GUGACGCGUCAUUGCGCGUACGUGUAGCCGUGACAGCAAAGUCUCGCGUGAUGAGACUUGUGGCGUCAGGAUUUUCUGUAAGACAGGAGACAAGCAGCUUGCAAUGAUCAGCUUUACUGGAGGUGCACCAGGGAACUGCGUGAGGAAAGCGUGGGAAUGGUGACGUUUAAAUGUGUGGCAGGUUGAGCCAUUUUAUACCAUUGUUUUGAUAUGGCCCGAGUCAAUAUUGCUCAAGACAUCAUUAACAGACAGAUAAAGGAUAAAAGAGCAUUGAGUUUUCAGAGACAACACCAUGUAACUGACCCCUUUAUUCGACGCUUGGGCUUGGAGGCAGAACUACAAGGCCACACCGGAUGUGUAAACUGCUUGGAAUGGAAUGAGAAAGGAAAUUUGCUGGCCUCUGGCUCUGAUGACCAGCAUAUGAUGCUAUGGGAUCCUUUCCAUCACAAGAAGCUGCUGUCCAUGCACACAGGACAUACUGCCAACAUAUUCUCUGUAAAGUUUCUUCCGCAUUCUGGUGACCGCAUCCUUAUUACUGGAGCAGCAGAUGCCAAAGUUCAUGUCCAUGAUAUCACAUCCCGUGAAACACUCCAUGUUUUCUCGGAACAUACAAAUCGUGUGAAACGCAUUGCCACAGCACCUCUAUGGCCUAACACAUUCUGGAGUGCAGGAGAAGAUGGCCUCAUAAGGCAAUAUGACUUACGAGAGAGCGGUACCCACUCAGAAGUUCUGAUCGAUCUAACAGAGUAUUGUGGCCAGCUUGUAGAAGCCAAGUGUGUAAGCAUCAGUCCACAGGAUAACAACUGUUUGGCAGUAGGAGCCAGUGGGCCCUUUGUCAGGCUCUAUGAUAUUCGCAUGAUUCACAGCCACAGAAAGAACCUCCAGCAGACUCAGUCUGGCAUACAUACCUUUUGCUCCCGACAGAAACCAAUUCCAGAAGGAGCUGCACAAUAUUAUGUAGCAGGCCAUCUACCCGUCAAACUCCCAGAUUAUAAUAAUCGGUUGCGUGUGUUGGUGGCCACAUAUGUAACUUUUAGCCCAGAUGGGACUGAACUGCUUGUCAACAUGGGGGGAGAGCAGGUGUACCUCUUCGAUCUGACAUUCAAGCAGAGACCUUGUACCUUCCUAUUGCCUAAAUCGCUUCACACUUCUGGAGAGGUACAGAAUGGAAAAACAACCAAUGGAAUUCACCUUUACAGCAAUGGGUUCUGUGUGGCUGAUUCUAGGAACUUGGGAGCAGCAGCUGAUCUUCCUCCACACCUUGAGAAGGUGAAGCAGAAAGCCAAUGAUGCAUUUGCUCGGCAGCAGUGGAGUCAGGCUAUUGAGCUGUACAGUGAGGCUGUCCAAAGAGCUCCUGGCAGUGCCAUGCUGUAUGGAAAUCGUGCUGCUGCUUACAUGAAGCGCAAGUGGGAUGGGGACCACUAUGAUGCUUUGCGAGAUUGCUUGCAGGCCUUAGCCCUUAACCCAGCACAUCUGAAAGCGCAUUUUAGAUUGGCCCGUUGUCUCUUUGAGCUGCACUAUGUGUCUGAAGCUUUGGAGUGUCUUGAGGAGUUCAAAGUCAAGUUCCCAGACCAGGCACGGAGCAGUGCAUGUGAUGCGCUAGACAGAGACAUCAGGGUGGCCUUAUUUUCCAAAAAUGAUUCACAUGAAGAUAAAAAGGGGGGUUCAGUCCGUUUGCGUUCUGGGGGAAGAAAGGAUUCUUUAUCAGAGGAUGAGCUGCUGCUGAGAGAGAGAAGUUUGGAUUAUAAACACAGAUACUGUGGUCACUGCAAUACUACCACAGACAUUAAAGAAGCUAGCUUCAUGGGAAGCAAUGGCCAGUAUAUUGUGAGUGGGUCAGAUGAUGGUUCCUUCUUCAUCUGGGAAAAAGACACACAAGCUCUUAUACGGGUUCUCCAAGGAGAUGAGUCUAUUGUUAACUGCCUUCAACCUCAUCCAACUUACUGCUUCCUGGCUACAAGUGGUAUUGACCCAGUUGUCCGACUGUGGAGUCCACGGCCUGAGAGUGAGGGCCUGGACCGACGGGUGGUACAAGAUAUGGAGGGAGCCUGUCAGGCCAACCAGAGGCGAAUGAAUGCUGACCCACUGGAGGUGAUGCUGAUGAACAUGGGUUACAGGAUCACAGGACUCAGCGGUGGGGGGUCAGGAAAUGGUGGGGCAGGAUCUGAUGAUGAGGAGAGUGCUGAAGGACAGGUGCAAUGUCGACCAAGCUAACCUUUGUUAGUGUGAAGUGUAUGGUAUAAAAAGCAGCAGUAUUGGGAGGUGGUGACCCUAUGUAACAGCCAACCAUCUUGCUCACACAUCAAGUACAUGUGUGGAUCUGUUUAUCUUCUGGAUCAUUUUGCAAUUCUCUGUGCAUUAGGAUAAGAAGGGACACCAAACUUUCUUCAGUAUAUACAAUAUCUGUAAAAUGACUGCAGGAUUUUCUUCUCCUUGAAUUCCAGAAUAUAUGAAAUGCACACAUUUUCAACUUUUGAAGUUAGUUCAGCAUCGGACUGGAGUGGACACAGAUACAUUUAUUCUAUGCCAAAUCCAGACCAUAAAGCUCUGCUGUCUGGAGACAUUAGUUAUGCUUUCAACACUAUAUGGAAGUGUUGGAUUUAAGCUGCAUAAUGGUCCUCUGCAAAACAAAUGAGGGUCCUAAAUUUAAUAACAAAGAAUAGUUAUUUUGAAGUUUUAUGAUUUGCCCUGCAAAGGUAAACUAUGGGUUUUGAUUAAGCUUCAGAUAUUUCCUCUGUAAGAAGUCUGCAGCAGGUGUGGAUGUUAUUGAUUUGGUUGUAUGCUUUCAUGAACGCUUCAGGUAAGUUUUUUUGAUGACUGCAGCAUCAUAAAGUGUAGACUAUAGUUGACUUUUUUUUCUUUUUACCUAGAAUUACUAGGUUAGUAAAGAGUCACAAACUCUGGUCUAAAUAUGUUCUAAAUCAGGUCAAUAAUUCCAGCUGAAGAACAGUAAUUGAGAGCACAGUGUAUUCUGCUCUCUAAAUAUAUGAUACCGGAUUUCAUACUUGCUCAGGCCCAUCAUAGCUAUAAAUUAAUGUUAUUCUGCCACCCACUAUUUACCACCUUUUUUUUUUUUAAGCUUGGGUUGUAGGUCUGCGGGUGGCUUUUCCCGGUUUGUAUGGAUGUAUAUCUACAUGAAUAAAAAUUUCUCUAUUUCUGAGCAGAAGGUAAA